CAAAUGAGAACUCCAGGAUCAGUUUAUCCAACGAUUCUCAAGAAUUGACAAUAACAAAUGUGAACAGAGGAGACAGUGGAGAUUACCGAUGUUUAGUGAAAAACAGGGUUGGAAAUGACACCUCUGACCCCUCUGUGAUAAACGUGCUUUAUCAGCCUGAAAUUAUUACGCAUCCUAAGAACUUUACAAUAGAUGAAGGACUCCCCAUGACCUUAUUUUGUAACGCGACCGGAAAUCCACCACCAACUCUAUCAUGGACCAAAGAUGGAUCUCCUAUAAAUAACAACCAAGGGAUAAUUUUCACAGGAGACAAUGAGACACUGUCUAUAGCGAAUAUUAACAGAUCAGAAAGUGGAAAUUACAGAUGUGUUACCAGGAACAGCCUUGGAGAUGAUACUUCAAAUGCUGCAAAAGUCGACGUACAGUUUGCACCUGAAAUCGUAGAAAAUCCAAAGGAUGCCACCAUAGUUGAGGGAGAAUAUGUUGUGUUUAGUUGCGUGGUAGAUGGAAAUCCUUCACCAAGAGUCACUUGGACGAAGAACGAGGAAAAACUGAACAUCACAACAAAUCCACGACUAACAGCGUCGUCACUGAACAACAAUCACAGUUUGACAAUCCCAGAUGUUCAUCGAUCGGAUUCGGGACAAUACAGAUGUGUGAUUAUUAAUGAUGUUGGCAAUCUAACAUCAUCUCCAGGGAAUCUAAAAGUACAAUUUGGGCCUGAAAUCUCCGAACCUCCGAUUAAUGUCACGAAAAUAGAAGGACAAACCGUUGUAUUAAGAUGCUUGGUGGCUGGAUACCCCACACCUACUGUUGCUUGGACAAAGAAUGGAGUCGAAUUGAAUGUAACAGCAAAUUCACAAUUAAGUGUCUCUUCCAGGGACGGAAAUCACACUUUGAAAAUAACAGAUGUUCAACGGUCAGAUGCAGGACAAUACAGAUGUGUCACUAAUAACAGUUUGCAGACCUCUAAGUCAUUUCCUUCGACUCUUACAGUGCAAUUUGCACCAGAGGUGACAAUUGACGGAGAUCAAAUACAUUAUGUAGCCAACAGCACAGAUUUACAGCUCACAUGCAGGUUUAACGCCUUGCCUCCCGUGUCUGAAGUGCAGUGGCUAAAUUAUGGGAAUGUGAUUGCAUCAACCCUCCCCGUUCCCUUGAAUGGGUCAAGAGCGACUAUUUCACAUCAUAAUGAAAGCCAAGCUCAGUUGUUAAUCACCACAGUUUCCUUAGAAGAUGCCGGAAAUUAUACUUGUAAUGUCAAAAAUGUUGUUGAUAGUUCCUCGAAUUGGACAUCGAUUAUUGUUCAAGUGACGCCUGCUAUCGAGACGCACCCACAAGCUGAUCCGGUCAAAGAAGGAGAGAACUUGACUUUCUUUUGCAACGCUACUGGAAGCUCUUUGACAAUAUCAUGGACGAAAAAUGGAUCUUCUAUAAAUCCAAAUGAAGAUGUACGGAUCCGUUUGUCAACAGACAAAGAGCAUUUGACAAUAAGGAAUGUGAGCAGGAAAGACAACGGAGCAUACCGGUGUGUGGCGAGCAACAAGGUUGGAAAUGCUACCUCCAAUGUUGCCAUUGUGACUGUGCGAUUUGCCCCUGAAAUCUCCCAAUCUCCAAGGGAUACCACGGAAGUGGAAGGACAAACUGCUGUGUUCAAUUGCGUAGUAGCAGGGUACCCUACACCCGAUGUUGCUUGGGAAAAAAAUGGAGUGGAAUUGAAUGUGGCUGAACAUGCGCGACUUAGAGUCUCUUCCAAUAAUGGAAACCACCGAUUGAUCAUAUCAAAUGUUCAACAAUCGGAUGCAGGACAAUACAAAUGUGUUGCUAAUAACAGUUUGGAUACUGUGACUUCAUCUUCAGCAACCCUAACAGUACAUUUUGAUCCAGAAGUUAUAAUCGAUGGUGAUAAAGAGAAGAUUGUGGCUAAGGGGGACGAUAUCAAGGUAACAUGUCGGCACAAGGCCCUACCGCCUGUGACUGAGGUGCAGUGGAUAAAAGAUGGAGAGGUGAUUUCAACAAACUCCACGAAAGUGAUAAACAACUCCCGAUUGGAUAUUCUGCACUUCAAUGAGAGCCUCAUACAGUUGUCGAUCAGCACAGCUAUCGUGGCUGAUAGUGGGAAUUACACUUGCAAUGUCACAAAUAUGGUUAACAGUUCAUCAGACUCGACAUCUAUCAUUGUCGAAGUAAAGCCUUCCAUCCUUACUCAGCCAAAAAGUGCUGCCCCUGAAGAAGGAGACACCGUCAAGUUGUAUUGCAACGCUACAGGAAGCCCUAUACUGCACAUAUCCUGGACGUUUGAUGGAUCUGUCAUAACAGCAAAUGAGAACUCCAGGAUCAGUUUGUCCAACGACUCUCAAGAAUUGACAAUAACAAAUGUGAACAGAGGAGACAGUGGAGAUUACCGAUGUUUAGUAAAAAACAGGGUCGGAAAUGACACUUCUGACACCUCUGUGAUAAACGUGCUUUAUCAGCCUGAAAUUAUUACGCAUCCUAAGAAUUUUACAGUAGAAGAAGGACUCCCCAUGACCUUAUUUUGUAACGCGACCGGAAAUCCACCACCAACACUAUCAUGGACCAAAGAUGGAUCUCCUAUAAAUAACAACCAAGGGAUCCCUUUUACAGGAGACAACGAGACACUGUUUAUAGCGAGUAUUAAUAGAUCGGAAAGCGGAAAUUACAGAUGUGUUGCCAGGAACGGUCUCGGAAAUUAUUCCUCAAAUCCUGCAAAAGUCGACGUACAGUUUGCACCUGAAAUCGUGGAAAAUCCAAAGGAUGUCACCAUAGUUGAGGGAGAACAUGUUGUGUUUAGUUGUAUGGUAGAUGGAAAUCCUUCACCAGGAGUUACUUGGACGAAGAACGAGGAAAAACUGAACAUAACAGUAAAUCAACGACUAACAGCGUCGUCACUGAACAACAAGCACAAUUUGACAAUCACAGAUGUUCAUCGAUCGGAUUCGGGACAAUACAGAUGUGUGAUUAUUAAUAGUGUUGGCAACAUAACAUCAUCUCCAGGAUAUCUAAAUGUACAAUUUCCACCUGAAUUUAUCAGCAGCCCGCAGAAUGUGACAGUAAUAGAAGAGCAAAAUGUUAACUUAACUCUGGAUUGCACAGUUUAUGGAAAUCCUACGCCAGAUGUGAAAUGGACAAAAGAUGGACAUGAUAUAUCAGAAAAUCAAAGGAUUAAUGUUUCUGAUUUUAAGGGAAACACUUCAAGUUUGACAAUUACCAAUAUUGUGCGAGGAGAUGAAGGCCAAUAUAGAUGUGUGGCAAAUAACAGUGUGAAUACCACUACUUCAGCCCCAGGAAAACUGAUAGUCAACUUUAGAGCAGAUGUCAAAAUAAGUGGCAGUGAACCAAAGUUUGUUGAAAUAAACAAACAGAUCCAUCUGGAUUGCCAGUACAAUGCUUCGCCGCCGGUGUCGGAAGUACAAUGGGUUAAAGAUGGAAAUGUGAUUGCUCGAAAUGGUAGUGGUAUUGGUAAUGGAUCGGUGAAUGUAACACAGUUCACUGAAAGUCAAUCCCAGCUGCUCAUUUUAUCAAGUACUACACAUAAUGAGGGAAAUUACACUUGCUUCGUCACAAAUACUGUUGGCAAUUCCUCAGACACAACGUCAGUCCUUAUACAAGUGGUGCCAGACCCACCGCAGACAUUGACAGUUGAUUCAAAGGGCUCACGGGUGGUGAAUAUCUCUUGGACAGCUGGUUUUGAUGGAAAUAGUGCCAUUGAGAACUUCACAGUGGAGAUCAGUGAAGAUAAUCAGAUCUUUAAGGGUGUUGUUUGUCAGGGAUCACUCUCAAGCAGUGCCUGUGUGGUGUCCAGUUCCUCCACAAAAGCCUCUCUUACAGGUCUUCUUCCUUGGACGACAUAUAAUAUCAGAAUGUUUGCGACAAACACAAUUGGCCAAAGUAACAGUAGCCAUAUUCUGAAUGUUACCACGGAUGAAGAAGAGCCUAGUGGGCCACCGCAACAAGUCACACUAAGCGAUGUAACGUCUACAAGUAUCAAUGUAUCCUGGGGUCCUGUCCCUGCUAAUGAUCGAAAUGGAAUCAUCCUAGGAUAUAAACUAAAUUAUCGAGCAUUACCAAAUCAUGGCAUCGUUACCGAAUUCCUUAAUAUCAGCAAUGAACAACAAAAUGAAGGAAGAACAAAGAUAUUACAGACUCUGAAUGAAUUUACCAACUACAGCGUUAGCGUGUUAGCGUUCACUAUAGUGGGAGAUGGACCACCAAGCUUUGCCAAGUUUGUGCAAACGUUGGAGGACAAACCUUCUGCUGCUCCUUUGAAUGUGAGAGGACAUAACACAAGCUCAACCAGCAUCUUUGUAAUAUGGGAUGAUGUUCCGGCUGCUGAUAAAAAUGGUAUCAUUACGAGUUACAACAUCACUUAUCACUCACUGACAGAGAAUCACAGUAACAGUACAACAGUGGAUCAUCCGGAUCGUCAAGUGACUUUGAUGGGUCUGAGAGAGUUUGUUAACUACAGUAUUACACUUUUUGCUUCCACUGUGAAAGGAAAUGGACCUGAAAGCGAUCCUGUUAUUGUCAGUACUGGCGAGGAUAAACCAUCUGCUGCUCCUUUGAAUGUGAGAGGACAUAACACAAGCUCAACCACCAUCUUUGUUAUAUGGGAUGAUGUUCCGGCUGCUGAUAAAAAUGGUAUCAUUACGAGUUACAACAUCACCUAUCACUCACUGACAGAGAAUCACAGUAACAGUACAACUGUGGAUCAUCCAGAUCGUCAAGUGACUCUGAUGGGUUUGAGAGAGUUUGUUAACUACAGCAUUACAGUGUUUGCUUCCACAGUAAAAGGAAAUGGACCUGAAAGUGAUCCUGUUCUUAUCAGUACUGGCCAGGAUAAACCAUCUGCUGCUCCUUUGAAUGUGAGAGGACAUAACACAAGCUCAACCAGCAUCUUUGUCACUUGGGAUGAUGUUCCGGCUGCUGAUAAAAAUGGUAUCAUUACGAGUUACAACAUCACUUAUCACUCACUGACAGAGAAUCACAGUAACAGUACAACAGUGGAUCAUCCAGAUCGUCAAGUGACUCUGAUGGGUCUGAGAGAGUUUGUUAACUACAGCAUCACAGUGUUUGCUUCCACGGUGAAAGGAAAUGGACCGGAAAGCGAUCCUGUUAUUAUCAGAACUAGCGAGGAUAAACCAUCUGCUGCUCCUUUGAAUGUGAGAGGACAUAACACAAGCUCAACCAGCAUCUUGGUAACAUGGGAUGGUGUUCCAGCUGCUGAUAAAAAUGGUAUCAUUACGAGUUACAACAUCACUUAUCACUCACUGACGGAGAAUCACCGUAACAGUACAACAGUGGAUCAUCAGGAUCGUCAAGUGACUCUGAUGGGUCUGAGAGAGUUUGUUAACUACAGCAUCACAGUGUUUGCUUCCACGGUGAAAGGAAAUGGACCGGAAAGCGAUCCUGUUAUUAUCAGAACUAGCGAGGAUAAACCAUCUGCUGCUCCUUUGAAUGUGAGAGGACAUAACACAAGCUCAACCAGCAUCUUUGUAAUAUGGGAUGAUGUUCCGGCUGCUGAUAAAAAUGGUAUCAUUACGAGUUACAACAUCACUUAUCACUCACUGACAGAGAAUCACAGUAACAGUACAACAGUGGAUCAUCCAGAUCGCCAAGUGUCUCUGAUGGGUCUGAGAGAGUUUGUUAACUACAGCAUCACAGUGUUUGCUUCCACGGUGAAAGGAAAUGGACCUGAAAGCGAUCCUGUUAUUAUCAGUACUAGCGAGGAUAAACCAUCUGCUGCUCCUUUGAAUGUGAGAGGACAUAACACAAGCUCAACCAGCAUCUUUGUAAUAUGGGAUGAUGUUCCGGCCGCUGAUAAAAAUGGUAUCAUUACGAGUUACAACAUCACUUAUCACUCACUGACAGAGAAUCACAGUAACAGUACAACAGUGGAUCAUCCAGAUCGUCAAGUGACUCUGAUGGGUCUAAGAGAGUUUGUUAACUACAGCAUCACAGUGUUUGCUUCCACGGUGAAAGGAAAUGGACCUGAAAGCGAUCCUGUUAUUAUCAGUACUGGCGAGGAUAAACCAUCUGCUGCUCCUUUGAAUGUGAGAGGACAUAACACAAGCUCAACCAGCAUCUUCGUAACAUGGGAUGAUGUUCCGGCUGCUGAUAAAAAUGGUAUCAUUACGAGUUACAACAUCACUUAUCACUCACUGACGGAGAAUCACAGUAACAGUACAACAGUGGAUCAUCCAGAUCGUCAAGUGACUCUGAUGGGUCUGAGAGAGUUUGUUAACUACAGCAUCACAGUGUUUGCUUCCACGGUGAAAGGAAAUGGACCUGAAAGCGAUCCUGUUAUUAUCAGUACUGGCGAGGAUAAACCAUCUGCUGCUCCUUUGAAUGUGAGAGGACAUAACACAAGCUCAACCAGCAUCUUCGUAACAUGGGAUGAUGUUCCGGCUGCUGAUAAAAAUGGUAUCAUUACGAGUUACAACAUCACUUAUCACUCACUGGCAGAGAAUCACAGUAACAGUACAACAGUGGAUCAUCCAGAUCGUCAAGUGACUCUGAUGGGUCUGAGAGAGUUUGUUAACUACAGCAUCACAGUGUUUGCUUCCACGGUGAAAGGAAAUGGACCUGAAAGCGAUCCUGUUUUUAUCAGUUCUGGGGAAGACAAACCUUCUGCUGCUCCUAUGAAUGUGAGCGGACAUAACACAAGCUCAACCAGCAUCUUUAUCAUUUGGAAUGAUAUUCCAGCGGCUGAACAGAAUGGUAUCAUCACAAGUUACAACAUCACCUAUCACUCACUGACAGAGAAUCAUAGUAACAGUACAACAGUCGAUUUUCCAGAUCGUCAAGUGACUCUGACGGAUCUGAAAAAGUUUGUUAACUACAGCAUCACAGUGUCUGCCUCUACGAAGAUAGGACCUGGACCAGCCAGUAAACCCGUUAUUGUCAGUACUGGCGAGGAUAAACCUUCUGCUGCUCCUUUGAAUGUGAGAGGACAUAACACAAGCUCAACCAGCAUCUUUGUAAUAUGGGAUGAUGUUCCGGCUGCUGAUAAAAAUGGUAUCAUUACGAGUUACAACAUCACUUAUCACUCACUGACAGAGAAUCACAGUAACAGUGCAACAGUGGAUCAUCCAGAUCGUCAAGUGACUCUCGUGAGUCUGAGAGAGUUUGUUAACUACAGCAUCACAGUGUUUGCUUCCACGGUGAAAGGAAAUGGACCUGAAAGCGAUCCUGUUAUUAUCAGUUCUGGCGAAGACAAACCAUCUGCUGCUCCUUUGAAUGUGAGAGGACAUGGCACAAGCUCAACCAGCAUCUUUGUAACAUGGGAUGAUGUUCCAGCUGCUGAUAAAAAUGGUAUCAUUACGAGUUACAACAUCACUUAUCACUCACUGAAAGAGAAUCACAGUAACAGUACAAGAGUGGAUUAUCCAGAUCGCCAAGUGACUCUGAUAGGUCUGAGAGAGUUUGUUAACUACAACAUCACAGUGUUCGCUUCUACGAAGAUAGGACCUGGACCAGCCAGUGAUGUUAUUGUUGUCAUUACCGACGAAGACAAUCCCGGUGGCCCACCACAAGCUGUCACAAUCAAUGUUAUAUCUUCUACAAGUGUCUCCGUUUCAUGGAAUCCUGUUACUGCUGAUGAUCGAAAUGGAAUCAUCAAAGGAUAUAAAGUAAAUUAUCAAGCCUUACCAAAUGGUGAAAUGGUCGCCAAGUUCAGCAAUAUCAGCAGUCAGCAACAGAAUAAAACACAAACAGUGACUUUAGAUAAUCUGAAUGAGUUUACAAACUACAGCAUUAGAGUGUUAGCAUUCACUUUAGUUGGAAAUGGACCAGCAAGUGUUGCCCAGGUUGUGCAGACACUGGAAGACAAGCCUAGCGGGCCACCACAACUAGUCACAAUUAGUGAUGUGACAUCUACAAGUAUCAAUGUAUCCUGGGGUCCUGUCCCCGCUGAUGAUCGAAAUGGAAUCAUCCUAGGAUAUAAACUAAAUUAUCGAGCUUUACCAAAUGGUGGCAUCGUUACCGAAUUCCUCAAUAUCAGCAGUAAACAACAGAAUGAAGGAGGAACAAAGACGCUCCAGACUCUGAAUGAAUUUACAAACUACAGCAUUGAUGUGUUAGCAUUCACUAUAAUAGGAGAUGGACCACCAAGCGUUCACAAGUUUUUGCGAACACAGGAGGACAAACCUUCUGCCGCUCCUAUGAAUGUGAGCGGACAUAACACAAGCUCAACCAGCAUCUUUAUCAUUUGGAAUGAUAUUCCAGCGGCUGAACAGAAUGGUAUCAUCACAAGUUACAACAUCACCUAUCACUCACUGACAGAGAAUCAUAGUAACAGUACAACAGUCGAUUUUCCAGAUCGUCAAGUGACUCUGACGGGUCUGAAAAAGUUUGUUAACUACAGCAUCACAGUGUCUGCCUCUACGAAGAUAGGACCUGGACCAGCCAGUAAACCCGUUAUUGUCAGUACUGGCGAGGAUAAACCUUCUGCUGCUCCUUUGAAUGUGAGAGGACAUAACACAAGCUCAACCAGCAUCUUUGUCACUUGGGAUGAUGUUCCAGCUGCUGAUAAAAAUGGUAUCAUUACGAGUUACAACAUCACUUAUCACUCACUGACGGAGAAUCACAAUAACAGUGCAACAGUGGAUCAUCCAGAUCGUCAAGUGACUCUGAUGGGUCUGAGAGAGUUUGUUAACUACAGCAUCACAGUGUUUGCUUCCACGGUGAAAGGAAAUGGACCUGAAAGCGAUCCUGUUAUUAUCAGUUCUGGCGAAGACAAACCAUCUGCUGCUCCUUUGAAUGUGAGAGGACAUAACACAAGCUCAACCAGCAUCUUGGUAACAUGGGAUGAUGUUCCGGCUGAUGAUAAAAAUGGUAUCAUUACGAGUUACAACAUCACUUAUCACUCACUGACAGAGAAUCACAGUAACAGUACAACAGUGGAUCAUCCAGAUCGUCAAGUGACUCUGAUGGGUCUGAGAGAGUUUGUUAACUACAGCAUCACAGUGUUUGCUUCCACGGUGAAAGGAAAUGGACCUGAAAGCGAUCCUGUUAUUAUCAGUACUGGCGAGGAUAAACCAUCUGCUGCUCCUUUGAAUGUGAGAGGACAUAACACAAGCUCAACCAGCAUCUUCGUAACAUGGGAUGAUGUUCCGGCUGCUGAUAAAAAUGGUAUCAUUACGAGUUACAACAUCACUUAUCACUCACUGACAGAGAAUCACAGUAACAGUACAACAGUGGAUCAUCCAGAUCGUCAAGUGACUCUGAUGGGUCUGAGAGAGUUUGUUAACUACAGCAUCACAGUGUUUGCUUCCACGGUGAAAGGAAAUGGACCUGAAAGCGAUCCUGUUUUUAUCAGUUCUGGGGAAGACAAGCCAUCUGCUGCUCCUUUGAAUGUGAGAGGACAUAACACAAGCUCAACCAGCAUCUUUGUAACAUGGGAUGGUGUUCCGGCUGCUGAUAAAAAUGGUAUCAUUACGAGUUACAACAUCACCUAUCACUCACUGACAGAGAAUCACAGUAACAGUACAACAGUGGAUUAUCCAGAUCGCCAAGUGACUCUGAUAGGUCUGAGAGAGUUUGUUAACUACAGCAUCACAGUGUCCGCUUCUACGAACAUAGGACCUGGACCAGCCAGUGAUGCUAUUAUUGUCAUUACUGGCGAAGACAAUCCCGGUGGCCCACCACAAGCUGUCACAAUCGAUGUUUUAUCUUCUACAAGUGUCUCCGUUUCAUGGAAUCCUGUUACUGCUGAUGAUCGAAAUGGAAUCAUCAAAGGAUAUAAAGUGAAUUAUCAAGCCUUACCAAAUGGUGAAAUGGUCGCCAAGUUCAGCAAUAUCAGCAGUCAGCAACAGAAUAAAACACAAACAGUGACUUUAGAUAAUCUGAAUGAGUUUACAAACUACAGCAUUAGAGUGUUAGCAUUCACUUUAGUUGGAAAUGGACCAGCAAGUGUUGCCCAGGUUGUGCAGACACUGGAAGACAAGCCUAGUGGGCCACCACAACUAGUCACAAUUAGCGAUGUGACAUCUACAAGUAUCAAUGUAUCCUGGGGUCCUGUCCCUGCUGAUGAUCGAAAUGGAAUCAUUCUAGGAUAUAAACUAAAUUAUCGAGCUUUACCAAAUGGUGGCAUCGUUACCGAAUUCCUCAAUAUCAGCAGUAAACAACAGGAUGAAGGAGGAACAAAGACGUUACAGACUCUGAAUGAAUUUACAAACUACAGCAUUGAUGUGUUAGCAUUCACUAUGAUAGGGGAUGGACCACUUAGCGUUCCCAAGUUUUUGCGAACACAGGAGGACAAGCCUUCUGCUCCUCCCACGAACGUCGCUGGACAAAGCAUCAGCUCAACCAGCAUCUCAGUCACGUGGGAUGAAGUUCCAGCGGCUGAACAGAAUGGUAUCAUCACAAAUUACAAUAUUAGCUAUCACUCACUGACAGAGAAACACAGUAGCAGUGCAACAGUGGAUUAUGUCGCCCGCCAAAUGACUCUGACUGGUCUAAGAGAGUUUGUUAACUACAGCAUCACGGUGUUUGCAUCUACAGUAGUGGGAAACGGACCAGCCAGUGAUCCUAUUAUUGUCAGUACUAGCGAGGACAAGCCUUCUGCUCCUCCUGCCAAUAUACGAGGACAUAACACCAGCUCAACCAGCAUCUUAGUAGAGUGGAGAGAGGUUCCACCAGCAGAUCAGAAUGGCGUCAUUUUAACUUACACCAUUAGUUAUCAAUCACUGACACAGAAUGACAUCCGUAGUAAAACAGUGGCUUCUACAACAAAAAUAUUGAAUCUAACAGGCUUGAAGAAGUUUGUUUACUACAACAUCACAUUGUUUGCAUCUACGGUGAAAGGAAAUGGAAAAGCCAGCGAUCCUAUUUUAGUUAUUACUGACCAGGAUAAACCUUCUGCUGCUCCUUUAAAUGUGAGAGGACAUAACACUAGCUCAACCAGCAUCCUAGUAGAGUGGGACGAUGUUCCAGCUUUUGAUCAGAAUGGUAUCAUCACGAGUUACAAAAUUAUUUACCAGUCACAAUCAGAGAAUCACAAUGGGAGCGCUAUAGCUGGCCCCAAUGACCGUCAAAAGGAAUUAACAGAUCUUAGAGAGUACGUCAACUACGAUAUCACAGUACGUGCCUCGACUUCGAAAGGAGAUGGACCAAAUAGUAGUCCUGCUAUUGUUUUUAGAACAGACCAGGAUAGACCCAGUGGGGCCCCUUUGAACUUACGUCCAAUCAAUACGACUUCAACAAGCAUAUUUGUCAUGUGGGAUGAGGUUUUGCCUGAUGAACAGAAUGGUAUCAUAAUUAGUUACAACGUCAGCUAUCGGGCGAUACCAGAAGCUGGAUCUGCUGGGCCCUUUUUUUCGAAAUUAGUUACGGCUCCAACAAGGCACGUGAACCUGACCGGCCUAACAAAGGAUAUGCAUUACAACGUCAGUGUGUUGGCCUCCACAAUCAAGGGCGACGGGAUUUACAGCAACCCAAAGACGUUGAGAACAAACGAAGACAGGCCCGGUGCACCUCCUCAGAAUGUACAAGGUUAUAACACCAGUUCGACUAGCAUUAAUGUUACAUGGAAUGAGGUGCUGGAGGAGAAACAGCAUGGUGAUAUAAUCCGCUAUACUGUCAUGUACAAAAAAAUGGGAAAUGUGACUUACGAGUCAGUUAAAGUUACACCAAUAUCUGGAAACUUUGUUGAGUUAAGAAGGCUUAAUAAGUUCACAUUCUACGACAUCAAGGUUUCAGCUUCUACCCGUGUAGGGAAUGGACCAGCAAGUAAUCCCAUUAAAGUCCAAACAGACGAAGACGUGCCUUCUGCGGCUCCUGAAUUAGUGUCUGUACAAACACUGAACAGCACUAGCAUACAAAUUGAAUGGUUGGCGGUUCCUGAAGAAUCCAUAUACGGGAUUCCGACCAGAUACACCAUUUACUACGCAAACUCCGAUGGCAAGGUGUAUACCAAGGUUGUAACGCCAGUCAAUGUUCAGAAUACAUAUCAAGAAGUUGUUUCUGGUCUUAAGGAAUCUACUGAGUAUUCAUUCCAAGUUUCGCUUUCAACUGCAAAGGGGGAAGGUCCCCUAAGUGUGUCCAAAUCUUCUGCAACCAAAGGUGGAUGUAAGUGGUCCAAAAAGUAUUAUUUCAUAGCAUUUGUAAUGUUAUCAAUGACAAAGCAUUUUGACUCGUCUCGUUUGAAAUUUUAA